CCCACGUGUAACGCGUGGUGUUGAGAAAUUUGCUAGACGUCUAGUUAUCUUUUUUAAUUUUCUUACCAAACGACGACUUUGAGGUUGAUAGCUAGACACCUUUUUUAAAAACCCGGUCUUUCCAGAAUGGCAGAGGUAGUACAAGAAAAGAGUGGCGGUCUGUCCUUUGCUGAGCGUCAGCUUGUUCGCCACGGCUGGGAGCGAGGGAAAGGCCUAGGAAGAGAUGAGAGUGGCAUCAGCGAGGCAAUCAAAGUCAAAGUGAAAUGCGACAAAGGAGGGGUUGGCCAUAAGGAAAGUGAGCAGUUCACAUUUCACUGGUGGGACCAUGUGUUUAACAAGGCCUCUGCCAACUUGGCUGUGGAGUCAGGACAGGAUGGUGUGCUUGUGAGGAAAAUAGAGGGAACAGAGGCGAGAACGAUCUCGAACAAGAAGCCGCGUAAGGCCACGUCGAACAAGUCGGUGCUGUACGGAUGCUUUGUCAAGUCUGCCACUCUCCUCUCAGGGCAGGAGCAGCCUGAAUGCGAAUCGUCCUGCUCGGAGGACCGUAGCUGCUCUGAGGAUGAGGAGAAUCUGGACCUGUCCAGCACCGCUAAGUUAUCCGAUGCAGAACUGAUGAAAGCCUGCGGAGGGCGCACCGCACAUAAAGGUGCCAGACAUGGCCUUACAAUGAGGGCCAAACUAGCCAGACUGGAGCAGCAGGAGCAGGAAUUUAUGGCAAAGUACGGCAUGAAGACAUCCGGGAGCCCACCUCGGACCGGAGCUGCCACACCCACCCCCUUGCCAAGUUUGGCACCCAACCACGGACCGGCUGGCAAGACCAAACGCAAGAAAGCAAGGAAAAACAAGGAGCAGGGCUCCAGUGAACCCCCUGAGAGAGGCUCCCACCUUUCCCCGCCACAUCACGACGAUGAGGUGUCAAAGAAGCAAAAGAAACGCUCCAAACAGAAUGCAGCUCCAGACUCCGCAGACGUGCCAGGUGCUCUUGUGGACAAUAAGGAGAUGCCCUAUACCAAGCUGAAGGGAAAGAAACGGAGGAAACAUUUAGAAAAGAUCACGGAGCCUGGAGACGGGAAGGAUGGCUAUAGCAGCCUGGUGCUGGAUGAGGACCAUACAUGGAGCACGCAGCAGAACAAGAGGAUCACAGCAGCCAAGCCACACGGGGUCGCUGCAGAUCACCUGGAAGGUGCCGGUGUCCUCAAGAAGGAGAGAGAAAAGAAGCAUUUUGAGCAAAUGGCUGAAGAAGCCCUUAAAGAGAACAGUUUGGUGGUCAGUGAGUGUUAUGUACAGGCACAACAGGAAGAGGGCAGUGUUGCACUUCAGCCAGCGCAUGGCAUUGUCUCCAGGAAGAAGAAAAGGAAAUCUUGCAAGCCCAAGAAACUGGAGCCCUUAGCCACAGAACUCGGCACCCUCCACAGUUGGGAGGCUAGCAGUAAUGAGGCAAGUAACAAAAUUGAGAAUGUGGAAACAGCUGCUUGUGGGACAGAGAAAUCUGAUCGUAGGAAGAGAAAACGAGGCAGAGGGGGGGAGCAGUAGAGCAGAAUUCUGAUCGGGUCAGAACAACCAGUGGAGAAGAAGAAGAAAGAGAAGGCGGCUGCCAAGUAAUGGUGUGUAAAGUAAUGUUAGAAAGCUGCAACUCAGAGGAACAGUGAACGAGACGAGAGAUGAUAUUGGAACGUCACUGGCCAAAUGAAGGGGUGUAUUUAAAUGCUGCUGGCCAGAUUUGAGCUUUCCGCAUUGAAUUUGUGCAUUCUUAAACGUGUGACAACUCAUGACUUGUCAUGAACUGAGAAAUAAUAAUCUGUUACAUUGAUGCUUUAAUUGUUUGUAUUACAAUACUACAUUUCAGGUGUGUUUGAGAAAAACAGCAGAUCUCUGCAGAAUGUUGAAUUUUCCCAUUGGUUUUGUAUUUUCUCUUAGAAUUCACUAUUUCAGACUGCCCUUAGACUGACUGCUCUCUGUUUGGUUAUGAAAUGUACUGAAUUGUCACCUAUAGGUGUUAUUUUUAGCCAUUAUACUUACAUGAACUUAUGUAUUCAAUAUACAUACAUUUUUGAAGAAAAUUCUUUUGAUGUGGGGCUCUAUAAAUUGUAUUAACCUAUUAGCCCUUUUUAAAAUUGUUCACAAAUGAACAAAAGUGUAAACAAAGCACAUUAGAUCCUUUAUUUUUAAUCUGAACUGAAUAGGAUGAAUGGCUCUGUCUUAUAGAGAAAAAUGAAGUGCCUGGUUGUGUUCUGCUAGAAAGUCCUUGAAAGUUUGUGAACAUUUAAAAGUUUCUGUAUUUUGGCCUAAGACAUAGUCUGAUGAAGUUUUGUCACACAAGUCCUAAAAGUGGGUAAAGCGAUCCAAAUCUGACAGUCAUUUAUUUAUUGAGGAAAAUGAUCCAAUAUUUCUGUCAUCAAUAUCAAGUCGAGAGAUUUUUCUUUUAGUAUCUGGUGAAUUUAUGAACAUUAACCUUAGCCAAUGUGAGAGAGGCCUUUAGUUUCUUAGAAGUUACCCUGGAUUCCUUUUUGUGACCUUGUGACCUCUUACACACCUUGCUCUUGGCGUGAUGGUUGUUGGUGAACCACUCCUCGGGAGGGUAAUAAUAGUCCUGAAAUUCCUCCAUUUGUACACCGUAUGUCUGACUGUGGAUUGGUGGAGUCCAAACUCUUUAGAGAUCUUUAAAGUAACCUUUUCCAGCCCUCAGAAAUCUCCUUUGUGAUGCACUUUCACAAAUGUGUUGUGAACAUCAGAGUUUGAGUUAUUCAUCUUCAAAUUAUUUGAUAAUCCUAAAGGUUCACAUACCUUUUCCCCUUUUUGCCAUGCAUAGGUACUACUGGAUCAUUUUCCUCAAUAAAUAAAUGGUUGUCUAA